UGGGGCGGUGGAGAAGGUUCCGUCAAAGUCACUGAGGCGUUUAGGUGGCUUGCACUUUGAACAAAAAAGAAACGUAACAAUGUUCAUUUGAUAAUACUAAAAAAGGAAGAAGGCGAGUGAAUGUUGCGCACUCCAAAGGGAGGCGCUUCAGUGUGCAUUGUGUGUGCUACAUGCAUUCCAGCCUGUAAAAGUAUUUGCAUGUAGUUUCGUUUAGGAGAAAAGUCGAGAGGACUGAACAGCUGUUAACAUGCAGUAAGGAGAUGACUGCAACUUUGCGCUUACACAACAAACCGUGGCUAGAAUGGGAAACCCUGUGAAGGAAAAGAAGAGCUCUUUAACACAGGAUGAGGUACACUCUGUAACUGCCAGCAAUCAUGCAGAGGGCAAUAAAGAGAGUCAUAAUGUGUUAAACUCCUUGGUGUCUGGGGCAUUUGCUGGAGCUGUGGCCAAGACAGCAGUGGCGCCAUUGGACAGAACAAAGAUUAUAUUUCAAGUUUCGGCAAGAAGAUUUUCAGCUAAGGAAGCCUACAAGGUAAUUUAUCACACGUACCUUAAUGAUGGCUUCUUCAGUCUGUGGCGAGGAAAUUCUGCCACUAUGGUCCGUGUCAUCCCCUAUGCAGCCAUCCAGUUUUGCUCACAUGAACAGUACAAAAGACUUCUUGGAGGUUAUUAUGGCUUCCAAGGAAGAGCUUUGCCCGCUUUUCCUCGCUUCCUGGCUGGAUCUUUAGCAGGAAUUACUGCUUCCAUGCUGACAUACCCAUUGGACAUGGUCCGAGCUCGGAUGGCAGUUACACCUAAAGAAAUGUACAGCAAUAUAUUUCACGUGUUCAUUCGUAUCUCCCAGGAGGAGGGUCUUCCCACACUGUAUCGAGGGUUUACACCUACAAUUCUAGGAGUGAUUCCUUAUGCUGGACUAAGCUUUUUCACCUAUGAAACCCUAAAGAAGCUUCAUGCAGAUCACAGUGGUCGUCUGCAGCCUUAUUCAUAUGAGCGUCUAUUAUUUGGUGCCUGUGCUGGUCUUAUUGGACAGUCGGCUUCAUACCCUCUGGAUGUGGUUCGUCGGCGUAUGCAGACCGCUGGUGUGACAGGCCACACGUACAACUCCAUUGUUGGCACCAUACGAGAGAUUGUCAGAGAGGAGGGCUUUGUGCGGGGACUUUACAAAGGACUUAGCAUGAACUGGGUAAAGGGACCCAUUGCAGUGGGUAUUAGUUUCACAACUUUUGACCUUACACAGAUUCUUCUGCGAAAGCUGCAACAAUGUGGUUACAUCCAGCAGUAACCAAAACUGAAGAAUUGUGGAUGGACAUGAGAUGAGUGCAAGGGGUCAGAGCAAGAAGAUGAUACAGAAGGUCAGUGCUGAAGUGUGUUCAGAUGGAUUUCACUUCAGAGUUCCUCACAACAGCACCCAGUGUUUAAUUCAUUGUUCCUGUGUUCGUUUUAGUAUCUUGGGCCAUUACUUUUAAACCAAGAGUCGUCCUUGUGUAGUCCUCCCAUUCUUGGCUACAGUUGAGUAUCAGUAUUAUUAAAAUGCAUCAGACAUUUAAAGUAUGUUGCCAAAUGUUUUAAACAUUAUGAAACAUACAAUAUUUUAUGCCCAUAUGCAUAUGAAAAUUGCAAUUCAAAUCCCAACAUGACUAGGACGUAAAGCACAGGAGUCAUAGUUUAAAAUGUUUAUAUUCCAUGAUUAAAAUGUAUGCAAAAAAUGAAAAAUUACACAUGUACCAAUAACAUCAAUUUUAAGCAUUCUGCCAAAUGCAGGGACCGUGUGGACAUUUUGAGGGCCAUCACUUGUUUCUAAAAUAUUUUCUUCUAAAUUUCCUUCUGUGUCUAUUGUAUAGCGACAGCUCAAAUUAGUGUAAUUUGUUUUGUUUAUUCUUUUUGCACACAUCAUAAAAGCAUAAAUAAUACAUUUACAUGCGUAUGAUUGAACACAUAAAAGCAUACCAUCAGCAGCUACUGAAGGCUACAAGUGAGAAAAAGUCUUCAAGGGGCUACUCCUUGGUUGGAGCACAUCAUCCCUUUCCUAUUAUUGUUGGAGUUCUUUUGUGUUCAUGCUUCCAUAAUAGAAAUUACACAUUGCUUCUGUUUUGCUUUUGAAUGAGAUUCAUGGUAAAGAACAACUGAUUUUAAUGGAUAUAUAUUAUGUCAAUGUCAGAAAUCUCCAACAAAGCAUUGCUAAUUCACAUUGAGUCAUGGCAGUAAAUUUUAUAUAAUCAUCUUAUUUACCUUAAAAUAUACUAUAUCAGUACAUCUUUCAGUGCUCUGUAGUUCAUGUUGGUUUUUGCUGUCUGUUCUCCUUUCUUGCCCAUAUUUUAAAAGACAAAAGAAGGAUCAUUUGUAUAAAUAUUUCAUAGAAUGAUAUAUAACAGAGGUUUUCUAGACUGUUUUAUGUUUGGUCACCAGUUAACAAAAUUAUUGAAAAUUGUCUACUUUGUUUUUAGAUUGUAAUGUAUGAAAGGAUUUUAUUUUGUUUUAUUUUGAUAGUGAUACCUUUAAAUGACAUUAUGGUGGUCUUGUGGACUUAUUUGAAUUUACCUCUUUUAAAGUCAUUUUUAAAUGCCAGCGUGGAAGAAAAUACCCUUUUUUAAUUAAAAAUCUUAUAACUGUAUAUUUUUGCCCUCAUUGGAACAGUAGCAAGGAGAGAUUCCUAUUAUUUAUUUUUCUUUACUUUCUGUUUGCUUAAUGCAACAUUAAAAGAGGAUUACUAUGAUUUCUUUAUUAUAUUUAAGCUGCAAAGCACAGAGUUCAGUUACAGGUAGGAACCCAUAAUAGGGGUAGUAUAUAUCCACAAGAAGCUGUCACUUUUUUGACCAGGAGAGGUCACCAUUGUCCUCUGUAAUUCUUUUUAAAUUCAUAAUGACUUUUUUUGAAUUCCUGUACUUUUUCCUGUUGUAUUGCCUACUUACUGACUGACAACACACAAAGCUACUCUCUGCUCUGAUUGUUGGUAUAAUCCUUCUCCUUGGACUAUUUGGCAUAACUGGAAAUGUCUUCAACAAUUUAACAGGAACUUUGUGAUAUGAUUCUUCCAUCUGAUGUUUGGACACUCACUUGGAAUCUCUGUACACAUGCAUCCUUUUUAACAAAGCACUUCUAGUUUAGAAGAUACUGACUCCUGUAAAACAUAUAGAAAGUUCAUACAAUCCAUCUUGUCUUGUGCCAGAAGUAGCAGUGAAAAAAACGUACAUACUCAUGUACCAAACUAUAGCAUUAGCCCAAAGUCUCUGUGAUACUUAUAGUGAGCUGUGAACUCUUGAGAGAAGAAUUCUAAAUAUGUGUGGGAUUUAAGAUAAAAUGCGUUUUAUCAUUAACAUUCACAAAAAGAUUUGCAAAAUAGUUUGAGCUGUUAUGAUUUUAUGUUAACAAAGUAGAAAUUAAAUGUGCAUUACAGUUUUGGAAUGGUUAAGAGUUUAUAUGGAUCAUUACUGAUUUAAAGCCAAGCAGUGUUUGUUUAAGUUUUCUCUUUAUAAGAUUAGAUUUUUUUAGUUAUUGUUCUUGAAUUAAGUUGUGUUAUAUAAGAUUUUGGAUAUAAAAAUUUGGUGAAACAGACAAAAGUGUUUUCUUUACCUUCAACAUGUAUCCUUCAAUUAAAUUUGUGAUUUGUUAUGCUUCUCCAUCAUUUGCCACAAGGUGGCAGCACUUCCAUUUAUUAUAAUACAUCUAAUUUUUUUUCUUCUGUUCUUAAUUCAGAAUUAAUACUAGGAAAAUAAUUUGUAAAGAUUUGUUUUACUUUUUUUGGAGGUUAUUUCUGAAACCCCAAUAAAACUUUACAGGUUAAACCAGAAGCCGCUUGAUGUUGGUGAUGUGUUUUUAAUGUUGGACAAUACCUGCACAAUAAAGAAAAUGGCUUGGGUCCUGGUGCAUUUUUCGCGUUACAGAUUUUAAUGCAUUGUCUUCUUCUAAUCUUGAAAGUCAACACUGUUCUUUGUUUUUGUUGUGGAACUGUAACAGUUUGACUGCCAAAGUGUCUUUUUAACCUUUGUCAUUUUUGUCCAC